UAGCGCAAAUAAAUAUUGCAACAACAAAUAAAUUUAUAAUUUUUGGAAAAUAGUUUUUAGAAGACACAAUAAAGGUUGUACGAUUUGAAAAAUGGAUUUAGAUAAUAAUUGAUUUGAAUCAAACUAGUCUUAGAAAAUAGAAAGUUUGAAACAUUUGUUUCAAAAGGGUGAUCGCUGUAGGCCAUUUCCAACAAAUUAUUUUAGUUUUCUACUUCGGAUUCGUGAAUUACUAUGUAAAGUUCCUACCGUUCGAAUCUAUGACGAGUAACAUUAGCGUUUAACUCGAGGAUCAACUUUACGGCAUAGAUACCUUCUUAAAGAACCAUACAUAAUCCAGAAACUAUAAUUUCUAUUGCAAAAUAUUUUUUCAAUUCAUUCAUUUGCCCAUUGAAUGAGGCUGGUUUGGAGCUACGCUCAUAACCUCAGAGUUUCGAGUUUUUUGUCCAAUAAAUAAGGUACCCAUACGGUACACGCGGCGUCCAACAAGCAAUCGACUUUUUAAGAAACUUUUUCAUGGUAAACAAGCGACCGAAAGCUUUGGCAUUCACCAUUGCCAAGCCACCAUAUGAAUAGGCAAACACUUUGGCUGCCAACAUUUUCCACUUGAAAGUUCCAUAAUUCAGUAAAAUUGAUUUUUAUUUCAUCAAAAUACUUCACAAAGCUGUGUGUGUUUCCAUAGAAGAAAAAUUCAAUAUUAGUGAAGUCGGGUGUCCUCAUACCAAAGAGACAAUUGCAAAUACAAAAGAGUGAAGAUAGUCUGGCACCAAUACAACCAACAAUGUCUGAAGGAAGUGAGUGCUCGGAUGAGCAACCGCCGAAAGCUCAGGCCAGUAAAACUGCAGCGGAAAACAUGUCGACCGAUUCUAAGCAGCGAAUUCAGGUGCCCGAGGCGUUGAGAGAGGUGCUCUUGGAGUUUUCCAUAGCGUAUCUGCUGGAACAGCCCGGAGAUGUGGUCGAUUAUGCAGUACAGUAUUUCAAUAAAUUGCAGUCCAAUCGCCAGGCAGCUGCAAAUUUCUAUCGUCCAGAUUCUCCAGAGAGCAGCAUCAUAUCACAGGAAGAAG